UGGUCACCUUGAUGGAAGGUACAUCGGAGGAAACGGUCACCUUGAUGGAAGGAAUGUCAGAGGAAACGGUCACCUUGAUGGAAGGAAUGUCAGAGGAAACGGUCACCUUGAUGAAAGGAACAUCGGAGGAAAUGGUCACCUUGAUGGAAGGUACAUCGGAGGAAAUGGUCACCUUGAUGGAAGGAAUGUCAGAGGAAACGGUCACCUUGAUGGAAGGAAUGUCAGAGGAAACGGUCACCUUGAUGAAAGGAACAUCGGAGGAAAUGGUCACCUGGAUGGAAGGAAUGUCUGAGGAAACGGUCACCUGGAUGGAAGGAACGUCUGAGGAAACGGACACCUGGAUGGAAGGAACGUCUGAGGAAACGGUCACCUGGAUGGAAGGAACGUCUGAGGAAACGGUCACCUGGAUGGAAGGAACGUCUGAGGAAACGGUCACCUGGAUGGAAGGAACGUCUGAGGAAACGGUCACCUGGAUGGAAGGAACGUCUGAGGAAACAUUGUCGGGAGAUGCAGCGGUGAAGUACAAGGAGGUUUAUGAGAAAUCUAAAGACCCAGAACCUCUUCAUCCCUGAUGUAGAGUUGCAGCAUUCCAAGAACAUCCGCGCUUUCAUCUCUGAAUUCAAGUACAAAGGUGAGAAAGUCUCCUCUGGUUCGGCUGACUCUCAAUUCCCUGAGACGAUGGAGACAGAGACAGAGAGAGCUCAAGCGCUCACAGAGACGCAGAGCAAGUACAAAGAGAGCGGGAAGAAAAAUAUCUCCCAUCCGGUCGAGCUGAUACCAUGGAUACCCAAUCUGUCAGAAAUGUGUCUGAACAGCAAAGUCAGGUGAAAAGAGCAGCAGACGAAGUACAAGAAGGCAGUGAAGAAGAAGGCAAGGUCUCUCUACUCUGUGAUGCGAAAGACUCUGGAGACCCAACAUGCCAAGCGGUCUCCCAGCUCCAGAGCCAGGCCAAGUACAAGGAGGCAGGGAAGCAGCAGUUCUCCACUCCUCUCUACUCAAAGCUUCCAGAGACUUUGGAGACUCAGCACGCCAAAGAGGCCUCCCAGCUACAGAGCGUGGUGGCCUAUAGGAGUAAAAUUAAGCAUUACAUCUACAAUGAUGUCCUGGGAAGGUUUGAUAUCGAGCAUGCCAAUGUGACCUCCAAACUCACUAGCCAGGUGAAGUCUAAGACCAAUCAGAACCAGGUGAUUGAGGCAUCCAUGGACCUGCCCAACCUUCUACACCUGGAGUACGCGCUACACGCUACCAAGCUGCAGAGCAACUCAAUGGCAGCAGGGAACUGGAAGGAAAGGCGGCCAAAGGAGGAAUUUGCUUUGGGGGUGACCAGUGAAAUAUACCUGCUGGAGCGCGUGCUACAGAGUACCGCAAGGACCUGGAGAAUGACAUCAUGGGUAAAGGCAUGGAGAUCAGUGGUGACGUGCUGGAGAGGCAGAGGGCCAAGAAGGCCACAGAGUUAACCAGCCAGGAAGUGAUGUCACUGAGUAUUGCCCCUAUAUAUAGGACCUUCCACCACCUGGGAUAUGGAUGCCUGAUGACGACCUAGACGUUGAAAUGUUGUUGUAAAAUAAAUAUCACCUGGGAGAAUGAGCAACAGUGUGCAGUGUUUUCCUUUCUGUUUUCCAUGAGUUUGCCUACAACUCCAGCACCUGCGGAAAGUACCAGGAUGUGAGUAUGUUCUUCAGUUUUGGCGCACAGUAGCAAAAUGUUUUGCAACAGGUAACAAAAACAAGUAUUUCUGUCAUGAUGCUUUUGAUGUCUUGUUGUUGCCAAGCUGACCUGAGUCUGUCAGUGUACGUGUUAGUCUGUGUUUGACUCUUCCAGGCCUCCUGCAAGCAGACAGCCCUGCUGAGGGAGAACUCGUAUUGAACAGUGUCCGAGACACAUCAGAACUACUGCACGCCGCCUACCUGAAAGCUGUCUACAGUCAGUUAGGGAUAACUCUCAGUACAGCAUCCCACCACGCAUUGCACUUUAUUUUACACCACAGAAUGGGAUAUGUGCUUGGAUGGUGUGUCAAACUCCCUCAACUUUAUGCAGAAGAAGUACAAGGAUGAGGCAGAGAAACUGAAGGGCUCAUGUGUUCGACACCCCUGAGAUUGAGAGUGAAGAUCAACCAGAGAAACAUCAGCUCAGUGAGGGACACAGUAUACACACACUUUUAUGCAGUAUUAUCUGUCAACAGUUACCCUUUUGCUCUACUCCUCCAGUGUCAGUACACUUGGGACUCAAAGCUGCUGAAAAGCCUGAUGUCUUCUGUCACCGACACUCCGGAAACCAUCUUCGCCAGGGAGAACAAAGAAAAUCAGUGACGUAAGAUGUGAUCCAUUGUUCUACACAACUAUGUACCCUACAUGUAGUCGUUGGUCUGGAUGAACUCCAGUAUGUUGCUGUGAGGGUAUUGUUCAGCCUCUAGCAGAAAACGCUGUACCUAAAUAUAUUUACUUCUUUUUCUUAUCGUAACAAGGUCUUCAACUAUCAUCAAGAGGAUGAGUGAUGGUGUCAUUUGUACAAUGAGCACGUAAACAGGGCCACUGUAAUGUUGUGUGACGGCUCUGUUCCACGUCCAGGUGAAAUACAGAGACGGGGUGGGGAAUGGGACGGUAGUCAUGGAAACUGUUGACAUUGAGAGGGUCCGCAGAAACCAGGAGAACAUUAGCUUGGUGAGAGGUUAAACCUUGUCUGACCUUUGACCUCACAGGAAGAGCUUGUUUUGAAAACAGGCCUCUUUGUUGUGUCUGCCUGUCCCUUUUCAUCUGGGUUUGUUUGGAUUUUCUACAGCUUCCAUGGUGCUAACUAAAAAUCACAAACCGCAGACACAUUGAACAACCAUUCAGUCAAAUCCUGGGUUGUUAUUUUACAAUUCAACAUUUUAAUUCACUCCAGUCCAUGUAAACUCCUGAAAGAUACAAGCCCACAAUGAUUUUUGUACACUAAUUUGGUCUGAAACUCUGUCCUGUCCUGCCUGACACAGACAGCCUUUCACACUGGCCCUGGUCCAGUCUAAGUCAUUACAGCCAUUAGUGGACCCUGCUGAACAAUCCCCCAUUGAGGGAGUGGAGCAGACUGAAGGGACACGGGGGCCCAGCCUGGCAGCCCAAGCAGGAUCUCUGGCGCCAUGGUGACUGAACCGGGACACUGUUUUCACCCAGAUGCCAAUCACUAAUGAUACCCAGCAAGCUAAAUUUCUCAUGGGACGUCAUAAUGAUGUCAUUUUCUGGUUGCAAACUGGUUUUCUGGUUGCAGAGAUGGAUAAACUCUGAGUUGUGAAUGUUUUAAUGUUGUGUGAAUGUUGUGUCCAUAGGUGAAGCAUAAAAAGCAGCUCCAGGCCCCCAGUGUGGGAGUCACCCCAAAGUUGGAGAGAGUCCGUCAGAACCAGGAGAAGAUCAGCUCAGCAAGUCACAUAGGAUGCAUCUGAAAUGGCAACCUACAGUAUAUGUUAGCUCUGACCAAAAGUACUACCACUACUAUGUAGUGGAAAUGGCCUAGGUGGGAGUGUGCUAGUCAGUAUAACCACCAAUUACUUUUGAGCUAUUUUAGAUUAUUGAGAUGCAACCCGACCUACUUUUGUGCGUUGCAGGUGAAGUACCAGCUCGGGAUGAAGGGGCGGUCCUGCGGCGAGUUGGACACGCCCGGACUGAGUAGUGUCAGGGAGUCACAGAACGACAUCUAACACAACUGACGCGCACCACAUGUGGGACUGCUGCACUUUUAACCCACACAGCUAAAGAGUUAACAGCAUGGCUGUUUCCUUGUUAUGAGGGAGCCAUAAUGAAUGUACUGUACUGUGUCUGUGUCUGUGUGCGUUACUAAUAAAGUGAUUUUUACAUGG